GCGCAUGAGCUACCGCAUGGAUGAACAUACGUAGUAUACAAACAUUAAUAAUUUCGUUUCAAUUUCUAGCGUCAUCGCUUGCCCACCUCGCAGUAGUGAGCGUGCUAAUUGUGCGUUCUGUGAAAUGUCUGUGUACCACGACGAAGUUGAGAUUGAAGACUUUGAAUACGACGAGGAACUGGAGACUUAUUUCUAUCCGUGCCCAUGUGGGGACAGGUUCGAGAUAACUAAGGAGGACCUGCUGAAUGGUGAAGAGGUGGCCACAUGUCCCAGCUGCUCCUUGCUAGUGAAAGUGAUAUACAACCAGGAGGACUUCAUUCGGGAAAAAGACACACUAGCCAAAGAAGAACCAGCCAAGCUUCAAGCAACCAAUUAAGGAGGUGCCUUGACAACCAUCACUACUGCUGCCUGCUUAAUUUCCAGAAUUUACUGUUCAGAUACAACUACAAGGCUUCUAAAUGGAGGGUUUAUCCAAAGCUUGGAUAUGAAAUACGUGUGAUUCUUUGUUAUUGUACAUAUUUUGUCCAUAAUUACAAGUACAAAAGAAGAUAAAGAUUGUUGUGGCUUGA